AUGCGCUGCUCCACCCUGCUCGCCAUCCUCACAGGAGUGCUGCUGUACUUGGUACUGGGUGCCGUCGUGUUCCGGGCUUUGGAAGCGCCAUUAGAAGAAGGCAAGCACAGGCAGUUGCAAGGGACGUGUCAAGAAUUCCUUAUCAACUUCACCUGUGUCGGCCCAGAAAACUUGCAGGCUCUUAUUGAGGAAGUGGCAGAGGCCAUCGGUGCAGGUGUGGAUCCCAGCAGUAACACCACCUAUGUCAGCCAGUGGAAUCUGGCCAGUGCCUUUUUUUUUUCUGGAACAGUCAUUACCACUAUUGGUUUUGGAAACAUCUCCCCAAAGACAGAAGGCGGCCAACUGUUUUGUAUUUUCUACGCCUUGAUUGGGAUUCCAUUCUUUGGUAUUUUACUCGCUGGAGUUGGAGACCAUCUGGGUACUGGGUUGAGGAAAACAGUUGCCAAAAUAGAGAAACUCUUCCUGAAAUGGCGUAUUAGCCAAACCAUUGUGCGAGUGAUUUCUGCCAUUUUAUCUAUCUUGCUGGGGUGCCUUCUCUUUGUUGCGGUGCCAAUCCUGGUUUUCCAAAGAGUGGAAGGCUGGACCAUGCUGGAGUCAGCAUACUUUGUCGUCAUCACCCUGACAACAGUAGGCUUUGGAGACUAUGUGGCAGGCGAUUCAGGGCUUGAAGGCAGCGACCACUGGUACAAGCCUUUGGUGUGGUUCUGGAUCUUGCUGGGUCUUGCCUACUUUGCAUCCGUCCUGUCAAUGAUUGGAAACUGGCUUCGAGUACUCUCUAAGAAGACCAGAGCUGAGAUGGAGGAACUGCGAGCCCAUGCCAAUGACUGGACACAAAACAUCCAGAAUAUGGAUUUUCGGAUCUCGGGCAAGAUUGAUGACCCCUUCAGACGGCGUCGGCGAAGGCGGCGCCAUCGUGCUCGCGGCCACGACGGUGCAGCUCCUGGAGGUCCUGAGGGAGAAGCUCAAAAUGAGAGCCAAAGUGAUUCCGAAUCAUACUCCUCUUAUACAUCCGCCAGUGAGAGCGAGUCUGGAUCCGGAUCUGAAACCACUCAUUCUGAGCGGGUACCUGAAGAAAAGAAAGACCCCCACUUUUCUCAGCCUCUUGACUAUUUUGGGGAGAACCUGGCAUUCAUUGACGAGUCAUCUGACGCACAGAGUAGUAAUUUACAUUUAGAAAACCAACUGGAUUCCAAAUCACCAAAUCCUAAACGCACCCAAUCACACAAAAGAAGGCGCCACAGGAGGCCCAUCUCACAGGGAAGCACCAAAAACGAUCGAAAAGAACCAUCCGAUAUUAUCACAAAAGAACCCAAUGGAACACUGCAGCCAGUUACAAAUAUACCACUGAAGCCUAAUGUAUAA